AUGAAAAUCGCAGUCGCUACCCCAGAGGGCGAAGUCCAUAAUAUAGAAGUGGACUCUCAAUUCGAAUUGGAAAAUCUUAAGGCCUUGAUUGAAUCCGAGACAGGGAUACCACCCGCUGAUCAAAUUCUUUCUUAUCAUGGUCAAGAACUAACAGAUCCGAAAAAAACUCUUGAGCAAUAUGGUGUUCUUGAGAAUGACAUACUGUCACUUAGGAAAAAUCCUCAAGCUAUACCUAGAGACGGAGCAGAAAUAGAACUAAUGCGGCAGCAGAUAUUGAACCAGCCUCAAGUUUCGGAACAAUUGCUUCAAACUCAGCCUGAAUUAUUUGAUGCUGCAUUUACUGGUUCAGAACAAUUUGCUUCAUUAAUCCGUCAAAUGAACCAGCGUAGUCAACAAGCCGCAUUGGCCCGUCAAAUGAACCAGCAUAGUCAACAGGUUAAUACCCCCAAUGAUCCACUAGAUAUUGGAAAUCAGAGAAGGAUUGAAGAAGAAAUAAGAAUGAAAAAUAUUGAAGAAAAUUGGCGAACUGCCUAUGAAAAAAUUCCCCAAUUCUUCGCUCGAGUAGUAAUGUUAUACAUUAACAUCGAAAUCAAUGGACAUCAAAUCAAGGCUUUUGUGGAUUCCGGAUGUCAAAGUACUAUUAUGAGUCCUCAAUGCGCUGAAAAAUGCGGAAUUAUGAGACUUCUUGAUAAACGAUAUGCCGGGCGUGCUGUGGGAGUUGGAACUGCUGAAAUCAUAGGCCGCGUCCAUUAUGUCGAAGCUGAGAUCCAUGUUAAAGCUGAAAAUCAUGUUGGAUAUUUAUCAUUGGAAUGCUCAUUUAUGAUUAUGGAGGGAAGCAAUGAUGUAUUAUUCGGGCUGGACAUGUUAAUGUGCCACCAGGCAUGCAUUGAUUUAAAGAAGAAAGCGUUGAUAAUCAAUGAUGUGCCAAUUCCUUUUCUGGCUGAACAUGAACUACCAGAAAGUGCACGGUCGAUUGGAGAGGGAAGCCUCUAA